AUGUUGGUAAAUGGUGUUGAUAUCUCGAAGCUAGAAGGUUAUAUGAUUAAAAUCAAUAGCAAGCCAAGUUUCUUUGGUAAAAGUACAAGUCGUCGAUGGUUUAAAGUGGCUUUUAAUGCUGAUUCCGAUUCUAAAAAGCUCGUGAUUUCCUACUCAACUAACAAGAAUGCAAAGGAUCCUCGUGGAUGGCUGGAUGUUAAAGAUAUUCAAAGUGUUUACUGUCGAAAGGAAAUGAUUGAAAUUGUUUCUUCGUCUCGUACACUUCGACUUAAAGGUGAGACUUCGGUUGAACAUCGACUUUGGUCGGACAGUCUUUACAAGCUUUGCAAUCCACAAUUAAACAAUGAAGUUUAUUCUUUGUUGAAUACGUCAAAAGACGUUAAAGAAUAUCAAAAAGAUCAAGAACAAACGAAUGAUGAAUGUGAUUCAAAUGCUGAUGAAAAAAUACAUUUCAAACCAUCGAUAUAUGAUAGCAAUAGAAAAGAAAAGGAAGUUCAUUAUCAAGAUUCUAGUCCUCAAGAUAGCGACGACAAUGAAACUAGAAACUUGAGAUCAAUGGAGUCAAAAGAAGAAAAGCGGCAAUCAUGUUCUUCAUUUGAAUCUUCACAUGAUGAAAGCGAAGACGAAGAUUUUCAAAAUGAAGAAUCCGUUUCAAAGCUUGAAAGUGAAGCUAAUGAAAGUGACAGUAAUGAAGAUCAUUGCGAUAGUUCUCGACCUUCGACAAAUAGCAGUACACGCAGUUUACUUGUCGCACAGAUCAAAUCCGGAUCGACAUCUGAAGGAAGUUUUGAACAGUGUAAAAAUGUUAUGUCUGACAGUGAAGAAGAAGAUUUGUAUGAGAAUGAGAAUGAAAGUCCACGAGAACCUGCUACGUCAUCAACGAGUCUACUUCAUGAUGACGAUAAUCAAGUUGAGCCAAUUCUUCAAUCGACAAUACAAAACCUUGACGGAAGUGAACAAUCUCCAUCGACUGCUUCUAAUCACGAUAAAACAUUCAUCUCGACUAUUGCACCGGACAAUAAUUUUGUAGAUGAUGAUUGGGACGCAGAGGACAACAAUGUAUCGACAAAGUCGAAGAAUUCGUACUCUACUAUUGCUGGAGUUCACGCUGAUGCAAAUUUUGUACAUGAUGAUUGGGACAAUUAA